AUAGCUUAUCUACUUCUUCCACUACCACUUUCAAGCUCAUUCAUGACUCUAAAGCUCUCAGAUUUUUUUGAGAGAGAAAGUGAGUGAGCGAGUUAAAGAGAGAGAGAGAGAAUGAGAACCAUAACGCUCUCAGGGAGCGUUUUGGGGGCUCAGUCUCCCAAACCAUUAAUCACUUGUUGUUGUUUGCUUUCUCUGCAAUCUCGCUCCAACACUCGAGCUUCCAAGCUCUUUCUUCGGAACCCAUCUUCCAUUUCCGCAAGGUACACAAGCCAGUGGAGAGCAAGUAUAAGUGGGGAACGGUUUGGUAGCUUUUCACAAACAUCAGAAAACUCAGAUUGUCAUGAGCACUUAAAGUGUCUUGAUUACAACAACUUUGAAGAGAUUACAGAUUCAAUUCAAAUAAUGGAUGAUUAUAGUGCCUUAAAUAAAGAACUUGCAAACAAGAACUUGGGAAGAGCGUCUACGAAGGCCUUAGAUUUUUUCUUUUCGGAUAAACCAGUUGGAUCAUUUUUGAAGAUUAUGAUGAUGUUUGGGUGUUUAACACUUCAAGGAUCUCAACCAGCAGUUGCUGCUUCUAAUUUCACCAGUGGGCUGCUUUCAAGUCCUUAUUUUUCUGAUCUUGGAGAUAUUAGCACAGGUUUUGCUUCAGCAUUCUUGCUGAUAUUUUUCUCUGAACUGGGGGAUAAGACAUUCUUUAUUGCGGCUCUUUUAGCGGCUAGGAACUCUGCUGCUGUUGUUUUCACUGGGACGUUUGGUGCACUUGCGGCAAUGACAAUCAUAUCCGUUGCUCUCGGACGAACUUUUCACUAUGUUGAUGAAAUCCUUCCCUUCAGGUUUGGGGAGACUGAUUUGCCUCUGGAUGAUAUUGCUGCAGUUGUUCUCUUGAUUUAUUUUGGGGUUUCGACCUUGCUCGACGCCAGCUCAAGCGAUGGCCUUAAAGCCGAAGAUGAACAGAAAGAGGCAGAAUUAGCGGUUUCCGAGUUUUCAGGCAAUGGCGCUGGAAUAGUAGCGGCUGCUAGCACUGCUCUUAGUACUUUCUUCUUAGUUUUUGUUGCUGAAUGGGGUGACAAAUCAUUUUUCUCCACAAUAGCUCUUGCUGCAGCGUCUUCACCUCUCGGGGUCAUCGCAGGAGCAUUAGCCGGUCAUGGAGUCGCGACUUUGAUUGCUGUUUUGGGAGGUUCUUUAUUGGGUUCACUCUUAUCAGAGAAGGCAAUUGCCUACAUUGGAGGUGUUCUUUUUCUAGUCUUUGCAGGUAUAACAUUGAUUGAGAUAUUGAACUAAAAACCUUUUGAGGUAUUUCCACCCAAAAAGAAGAAAAAAAUUAAUAAUAAUAACAUUUUGUAUUAGUGUUGUAUUUAUGAUUUAUUUUUUUCCCAAAUGUAUUGCCUAUCAUUAUGUAGUGACUAUGAUCUUCUAAAUAUAUAUUUAGUGAAAUUUGAUAUUA